UUAGGAGUGGUUUGAAGAUUUGAAUGAACAAUCAUUAACUACAGAAGCGCUGGCACAGACGGGUAUGUACGGCUACAAUAAAACGAGCUGUCGCCUCGUUUCCACUGUAGCUUUGUUCCUAGUUUCACAAUAACUGGCAGAACUCUGUCCUUGAAACAUCUGAAGCAGGAGUGAUGGCUCCAGCGAUUGGUCGCUCUGAGAAUUAGUGGUCACGCUGGACAACAAUGCUUUACCUCACUCACACGGCUCACUGGCAGUUCCUGGGCCUGAUAGUUGGAUUCCUGGCAUGGAUCCUCACCAUGACCACUGCCGGCCUCAACGAGUGGCGUCUCUGGCGAGUAGGCAAUGCGACAAUCAUCAGCUCUGGUGAGGCCUGGGUUGGUAUUUGGAGGAUGUGUUUCUACAGUCAUGUCCUUCCCGAUAUGGAGAACUGUCGAAGCAUCAGCAUUUCGGACAGCUUUCUUCCCGUGGAGAUCCUCGUGGCUCAGGUGCUGAUGAUGCUCGCGGCCAUCUUUGGUCUUGCCGCGAACAUCUGUGCUGCAGUGGCGGUGAGGAUGGCCUACUUCUCUGUUGAAGAUCGCAGGAGCAUCAGGCUGGUCUUCCUGCUGGCGGGGGCGCUGUAUUUGCUCACAGGGACGUCCUCCUUGGUGCCACUGGCGUGGAACAUGAACUCUGUGCUGAAAAACAGCACCAUAGACUUUCCUCCUGAGUUCCAAAUUCCUGCUCCUCCUGUCAGCCAGCGAGUUGGCUCAGCCAUUGGAGUGGGCCUCUGCGCCUCCGUUGCGACACUCUUAAGUGGCCUGCUUUUCUUUUGCUACAGGUACGCUUGGCGGGCCGUGAGCACAGCGGGCCCUGGCGACCAGCUCAAUGGCCCCUGGACAGUGACAACACUGCCACGCAAAUCUGAACUGGUAAAUAGAGCAGGCAUGGAUAACGCUGCCUUUCACAGUGAAUAAAACUCAAGAGAAUGAAAUCUGUGAAGGGAGACUGACUUUAGGCCUUUUUGUUUUCUUUUGUAUUUUUUAAAAAGAGGCUUGGUUUGAUACUGGAACUAAAAGGAAGACUGACUUGCCAUAUCUCAACCAGAAAACCAAAACAAAGAGAUAACAGAUUCUAAAACUCCUUGUGAACAUACAAGGAAUAUUGAUCAAUCGUAAUUUUACCAUAAAAACAAAGAUUUCACUGUACUGAAAAUAAAAGCCAGUGACUAUUUGCUCUAUAGUUUCUAUUUUAGGUUUAUGUGACUUUUAAAGCUACAGGAUUGAAGUUCAGGGAUGGCUGCUUAUCUACAAAAGUAAUAAUAAACUUUAUCUCUGUUA